AUAUUCUCUGCCUGGGACCCGAAAGCCUGGUAAGUGACUGAAAGGCUGUGCCUGAGUCAUGGUGGUUUGUGGGUUUGCUAAGCUCUAGUGACCUCUUGUUCUUAUUGUUGCUUCCUGACCACAAAGAAGCUUUUCUUUUGACUUCUGGGCUUGUUGCUAAAAAAGUUGGGGACUGGUUGCCAGAACUUUAAUAAAGCUGCAAUCCUUUGCCUUGUUAUAAGGGGGCAGAAACUGCUCCUUUUCCCUUAUGGGGUAUCCAAGAGCCCAUAUAGAGUCCUUAAGUGGGUCCCCUAUCAGAAGGGAAAAUAACAGAGGCCAACCAGAGUAUAUUGAGAAGCAAAGCGGCUAGUAAGCCUGAUCUUUAUUAAACUGUUGCAACAGGGUCCCCACUCACCACACGCAGGAGGGAGGAGAACCCUGAACAAUGGUGCGCGAGCCCUUUUAUAGACUUUUGAAAUUGCCCACCCUGUAGCCCAAGACCACUGCCCUAAAACAUCCUACAUACAUCACAGAAAGAGGCGGUCUACAGCAGAGGAGGCAGUCUACAGCAGAAAUCCUGUCUGCCAGGAUACCUGAUAAUGAUCAUUGAUUGCAUAACCUGGGCAGCCUGGCAAUUCUUUUGUGACUGUUAAUACUUUCGUUCCUGAGUCCCAGGUCACAGGCUCACCCUAUUCAUACACAAAUACACCCUUGAGACAGGAUUUGCAAGCAAAAGACAAUGGGCAGGCUUUCCCCAUUUCCUUCCUCCCUGCAGUGAAAUAUUGGAGGUCAAUUUGGGAGAGUCAAACUGGCUACAGGAUUGCUCUCCUGUACUAUUUCAGACACGUGGUUUAUAUACUUAUGUAUGUGUUUGCCUUGUACAUUUAUGAACAUUUAAUCUAUAUUUGAGACCUUAGAAUUCUUAUAACUGCCUGCAUCUGUUCCACUCGUGAGGAAGCUCUAACGAUUGGCCCUAAAAAACCCCAAUUAUUUUUGUUAUAAUUAUUUUGUUUACUGCAUUUUAUAGCCAAUCUUUUCCUCCAAAGAGUUCAAGGUGGCUUAAACGAUUCUCCGCUUCCUCAUUUAAUCCCCACAAAAACAGGUAGGCUAGGCUGGGAGGUAGCAAUUGGCUUAAGAGAGCCUUCUUGGCUGAGUGGAGAUUUGAACCCUGGUUUCCUAGGUCCCGUGCUCUAACCACUAGGCCAUACUGGUUCUAUAUUGCCGUACUGUGAACUUUAGAGCUUGCUGUUGUGAACCAACAUUGCUGCAUUUGUUUAUUAUGUGGUGUAGUGGCAGACCAGGAUAGGGGAGGCCCUGGGUUCAAAUCCUUAUUUAGUCAUGGGUGGGGUUUGCAGCCUGGGUUAGUUGCAACCUCUGAGCCUAGCAGAAAUCAGCAAGGUGUCCUGUAAAUGUUACUGGGUUUCAGCUCUGAUCACUCCCUGGGAAAUGAAUUAUCCUUUAAAAGUCAAGGAGCAGAAAUGUCAAUCUCGAUCAUCAUCAUCAUCAUAAUAUCAUUUUUCAUGUGUAAAAUGACUGUCUGCUAAAACACAAUAACCUGACUGACCGACUGACCUAGGGGUCCCAUAUUUCAAAAAGGUAAAAACUGGGACAUCCUGAAAGUUCCUGAGCUUUUUCUGAUUUUUUAAAAACCAAUUUUUUGAUUGACUUGCCUAAGAUCCAGGACAAAGCACCACCCACUUUUUGAAAUAAUAAUAAAAAUUUAUUAUUUGUACCCCGCCCAUCUGGCUGGGUUUCCACUCUGGGCGGCUUCCACAGAGACCAAAAAUACACUAAAAUGCUAAAAACUUCCAUCCCUAACUUUUCUGUAUUCUCCACUUGCCCUUUAGAGAACUCAAAAGAAUGACUUAAUGUCCCCCUCCCCCUCCUUAUCGAUUAUAUGCCCUUUUUAUAGUGCCUUGAUUUGUGUUACGGAAUUUGUAUGAUUUAGCAAGCUUGCUGUGUUUUAACAUUUACUUACAAUGACUGUGACAUUUACUUUAUAAUUGCUUUUAAGGUAGUCUUAUAUAGAAACUUUAGUGUACUGAAAUAAUAAUAAUAAAAAAAUUAUUUAUAGAAGCUGGUAACUUUGAAGUUUUCAAGUCUGUGGGCUAGUUGACACAAGGACGUCUCUAGGCCUCGGUUGAUCUCCUUUUCUAUUUUGGCCGUUGAAUGUAUGGCUUGGAAGCCUUGGGAAAAGGCUGGUGUGGGAAUGAGAUGGCGUAAUAUAAAGUUCUCUCUGACUGUGGCGUUUGAUCCAUGGUCUCGCAGCGCACAGUUAAACUGUGGAACUCACUCCUGCAGGAGGCAGUAAUGUUCACAAUCUGGAUGACUUGGAAAAAAUUAGGCAAAUUCAUGGAAUCAUAUAAUUCUAGAGUUGCAAAGGGACCCCGGGGCCAUCUAGUCCAACCCCUGCAAUGCAGGAAUUCUGCACACAGCCAUCCAUGGGUGGGCUCAAACCACAAACCUUCUGGUUGACCACCAGAUUAAAUUAUGACUACAGUGCUACCUCGUGUUACAUACGCUUCAGGUUACAGAUGCUUCAGGUUACAGACUCCGCUAACCCAGAAAUAUUACCUCCUGUCAGAUGUCAAGGAAAUAAACAACUAUCUGACUUUUAGAAGACAUCUGAAGACAGCCCUAUUUAGGGAAGUUUUUAAUGUUUGCUGUUUACCGUAUUUUUUGCACCAUAACACUCACUUUUUUCCUCCUAGAAAGUAAGGGGAAAUGUCUGUGCGUGUUAUGGAGCGAAUGCCUAUGGGUGGCGGGGGGAUCUGCUGCAGUCGUGAGCAGAGGAUCCAUGGUUCCCCUUCCUUCCCUCCUCCGUGGCUCACUUUGAAACAGCAAAGCGGGAGAAGAGCCGCUGAGUGGGGAGGAGAGAGGGACAGAGAGCCUGCUUGCUUUAAAGGAGCAAAGCGGGAGAGGAGAGGAGCCUUCUCCCCUUAUACUCCUCUUCUUCAUUAUUAGCAGCAUCCUUCUCCACACACCCCAUGCGUGCUCCUUGUCCCUUGAGUGCUUUUCCUUCCCUCCCCACUUAAAACAUGGUUACAAAGCACAGAUCCACAUGGAUCCUCAGGAUUUUUGCACUGGGUCACCCCAAAUUCACCAUCAGAUCACAUAGCAUGUCCAUGGCUACAUCUUGCACCAAAAAAAUCACGCACCCACUGUUGCCUGGGGCUGCAGUGGUGCAAAAAUGUGGUUACAAAGCAUGGAUCCUCAGGAUUUUUGCAUUGGGCUACUCCAAACUCACUGUCAGAACACAUGUCUGUGGCCACAGCAUGAACCACAAAAAUCAUACACCCACUGUUUUGUUUAGAAUAUUUUUUUCCUUGUUUUCCUCCUCUAAAAACUACGUGUGUGUUAUGGUCGGGUGCGUGUUAUAGAGCGAAAAAUACGGUAGUUGUGUUUUUAAUAUGCGGUUGAAGCCACCCAGAGUGGCUGGGGGAACCCAGCCAGAUGGGCGGGGUAUAAAUAAAUUAUUGUUACGUUACGUUACGUUACGUUACGUUACAUUACGUUAUGUUAUGUUACGAUUUUAUUUUAUCAUCUCUGUGAUUGGACUCAAAUGAAAUUCCAUAAGAAUACAAUAACCUUACCUGGUCAGGCCAAAGGUCCAUCUAGUCCAGCAUCCUGUUCUUCAGUGACCAAUUAAAUGCCUCCAGGAAACUCACAAACGGGACCCGAGCACAACAGCGCUCUAACUCCUUGCAGUUCCCAGCGACAGGUAUGCAUCCUGAGAGCGUUAUUCUCCUCCAUGACUUAUCUAAACCUCUUGGAAACCCACCUGACUUGGUGGCCAUUGCAACAUCUCGUGGGAGCAAAUCCCAUCCUUCUCACUAGGUGCUGUGUUCUCAUUGGAUGUCUCUGAGUUCUGGGAUUAUGAGAAGAGGGGGCAUGACUUCUCCCUAUCCGCCUUCCCACACGAUGCACAACUUUAAAUUCAAUUUUAAGCUGCAGUAUGCAUUGGAUGUCUUUGAGUCAUACACGUCCUGAAUUAUUUCAGCAUUUGUUAUCUUCAACCUCUCUUCUUCUUCUUCUUCUUCUUCUUCUUCUUCUUCUUCUUCUUUCUUGCAAUUAGGUAUUUCCAACAACCUGGUAUUAACCUUAUCCAGGGGUUGUAUAUAUGUGAUGAUCAUAGCUGUCAACGUUUCCCUUUUUUAAAGAGAAAUUCCCUUAUUCUGAAUAGGAUUCCUCGCAAGAAAAGGGAAAAGUUGACAGCUAUGGUGAUGAUCUGUGUAGCGUGUGAAAUUUGCAGAACUCAUGUAUUGGUGGUCACACAUUGGGCAGAAUGCUGGAGCUUUGGCCACCAAACUGCUCAAAACCUUCUGGGACAUGGGGAGAUAAUACCCUUGGAAGCAUGAGUGCAUCUCUUUCAACCAUGAGGACCAGAAACUUGCUAUUAGUUCUUCGCACAAGAGCUGCAGUUCCAGCACUGCAUUCUGUACUCUUAUUCGUCGUGGAGUUUCAUUUAUUUUAUUUCAUAAAACCCAUGCCCUGCUGGAUUGUAAGAAGGAGGAGAACCUCAAAGCAGUUUGCAAGAAAGAGAAAACAAUUGUAUUAUCAAUAAGAAAAAAAUAGCAACGAUAAUAGAGACUUUCAAAAAGUUAAAAGAACAAGAGAUGAAAACACGCGUCAACUUCACAAAGCUCUGGCUAGGCUUUUCUAAAGAGAAAUGAUUUUGGCAGGCACCGAAAAGAGUACAGUGAAGGCCCCUGUCUGCUCUCAAUAGGCAGAGAGUUCCAAAGUGUAGGUGCUGCCACACUAAAAUAUGCAUUUCUUACAAUUGCGGAACAGGUGGCACCUGUUAUCACACCAGUUCCACCGGUUGAAGUGGUUACGAAGUAAGGUGAUCUCUCAGGCAGACUGGUCCCAAGCUGUUAAGGCCUUUAUAUACUCUUCCUUUAUUCUUAUUUUAUUUUUUAAAGGCAGCUGCCAAUCAAUAUGUUUAUAUAUGGUGGACAGAUUAAGAACUGGAAGUUCUCUGAACCUUAUCUUUUCUAUCUCCUCUUUUAAGCUCUUUUCUAUCUGCUUUCUGAUUUCUCUAACUUUUUUUUCUUUCUCUUUUUCAUCAUGUGAACUUAUUCAGAUUAAUGCUGGGCACAAAAGACCUUUGAAGUUUUGUAUUUCUCUUUAUAAACUCUAAUUAAACUUUUUUUUAAAAAGAUGCUAGCGGAAGAGAGUUGUUGCUAAACCAGGGAGAAUAGAGACAGUGAACACGUGAUAGCAUCUGUGCUAAAGUUUGAGGAGUACAGAGUUCACAGCCAUCUUGUGACGGGGAAGGAAAGAGCUGACGUCUUGAGGGUGGAGAAGGGAUAUUGAAGUCAAAGCCAGUGGUUGGCUCUAGUAAUCUGGAGAUGGGCAUUAAGCUUUCUGGGAUGUAAACAGAAGUCUCAUUCUUGCAAGGAGCUGGUGAAGGAAUAAGUCUCAGUCUGCACACUGUACCAACCUGAGACUGCAGGUAAGGACCGUAGGGCAGGUAGCCCGUUUUAAACUUAAUAAUCUUAUAGCAAAGGCAGCGGACUCUCCUUCAAUGGAGGUUUUUAAACAGAGGUCAGAUGGCCAUCUGUCAAGGAUUCUUUAGUUGUGAUUCCUGCAUUGCAGGGGGUUGGACUAGAUGACUCUUGGGUCCCUUCCAACUCUAUGAUUUGCCGCAACUUCAGAUGAUAAUGUGCAGGACUGAAUCUAGGUUUUUGUGGACAAAUCGUGCUCGGGGGCGGGGGCAGCGCUUUUGCACUACUGAUUCCUGGCAGGGGAGGUUUAAUCCAGUUUGCAUUUGAAAGCAAACUUCCCCAACUCAGAGUUUCCAAAUUAAUAUGCUAUGCAAGACAUAGCUGCCCUUUGAAAUUCAGCCGCCUUUGAAUUUUGCAAUGUGAUUCUUCAGCCUAGGAAUAAGUACAAAAAGGCACAUGCUGUGAUAAAUUUUGUGUGUGUGUGUGUGUGUGUGUGUGUGUGCACGCAAAUGCAAUAUUAGUGGAAAUAGCAUUUUAAAUUGCUUUAGGAGAGUUUUAUACAAUAAUGUUCCCCAUUGCAUAUAAUAAUACUUUGCAUACAAUAAUGUGCAUAUUAACAGAAGGUGGCACGAAAAUGCUGGUUUCAUGAUGAUUUUUCCCUGCAUUGCAAACUGAGAUGAGAAUGUGGGGGGCUGAAUUCAGGACUGGGAAAAUGGGCAACUGGCUCCAUCCAGUCUCACCUCUCAUGUGAUUUUGUGGCUCUCCUCAGCUCUGGGACUCCAGAUGUGCUGUGUAGCCAAGUGCAGGAAUGGCCACUCGGGUAAUUUAUGCCACAGUUCUGGACUAAGGGAUUAUCCACAUUUAGCUUUUGCCCUGCUCUUUCCAGGCACAGGACUGUGCUUAAAAGCUCCAUGUCAGACUGGUUGGUUGGUUUGCCCAGGAAAACCCACUCUUUAGUGCUCAAUCAGAGCAAACGUCAAUUUGAGUUUUCUUCAGAUUGCAAUUUGCUCCGAUUGAGCUUUAAAGAGCAGGGUUUCAUUGGAAAUUUCUGGAGGGGGGGGGAGGAUGCUUAGACAUGGAUCUUUAAAGCAUGGGCUGUGCCUGGAAAGAGCGGAAGAAUAAGCCCUAUAUGACCUUAGGAUUCCUUCUGCUCUGCUGGGAAAGGGUUAUAGCUCAGUGGCAGAGCAUCUACUUUGCACAAAGAAGGUCCCAGGUUCAAUCCCCAGGUGGGGUUGGGAGGGACCCCCUGCCUCAAAGCCCGGACAGCCUCUCCUAGUCCUUGUAGGCAACACUCAGCUAAACAGUCCAGUGGUUAGACUUGGUAUAAAGCAGUUUCUUGCUUAAAUCAUCCCUUUAUUCUGAAGCAUGAGGACUAGAAUCUUGCUUUGUUUUUGUUUUAGGAGAAGGGCCAUAGCCUAAUGGUUGAACAUCUGCUUUGUACUCAGAAGGCCCCAGGUUCAAUCUGCAGAUAUGCCUGCGAGUGUCCCCCUGCCUGAAGCCCUGGAGAGCCGCUGCCAGUCAGUGUAGACAUUACUGAGCUAGAUGGGCCAAUGGCUUCCAAUUUAAAAUCACCCCUUUAUUUUAGAACCACAAGGAACCUAUUUGAUGCUAUGACUUGGAGCAUCAGAAUUUGCAUGCAGAAGGUCCCAUCAGGUAGGACUGAGAGAGACUCUCCUUUCAUGUAGAGCUGCUGCCAUUCAGUGUACACAUUACUGAGCUAGAUGGGCCAAUGGCUUCUAAUUUAAAAUCACCCCUUUAUUUUAGAACCACAAGGAACUUAUUUAAUGCCAUGACUUGGAGCAUCAGAAUUCGCAUGCAGAAGGUCCCAUCAGGUGGGACUGACAGAGACUCUUUGCAUGAAACCUUGGAGAGCUGCUGCCAGUCAGUGUAGACAUUACUGAGCUAGAUGGGCCAAUGGUUCAUUCAUUCAUUCAGGCUUUGUUGGCAUAACAGGAUCUGAGUCAUCAUGAUGACUCUCCAGAAUUGGGUGACGCUGCUCAGUGCCCAGCAAUCUGGCCCGAUUGCCCAACCGCUGCUGUUCCUUGCCACCUGACGCAACUGGGCUGGUGAGGCUGGCAGACACUCUGUCCCUUUUGGCAGCCCCACCCUGUCCCUGUUCAAAGGGCAGACGAGGUUCUUUGCUUCUAUAAACAGAGAGGGCACUGGGACAAAAUCCAGUAGCGCUGGCAGAGCAGCUGGUGAAAGUAAGUAAAAGGCCACGGGCGUUGCUUGACUUUGGGUCGUCUGUCAGCCUCAUGCCAGACAGCAGAGCCAGUUAUAUUAUUAAGGUGAGGAAGCUCAGAGGCACAGCAUCUGCCUUGCAUGCAGAAGGGUCCCAGGUUCAAAUCCUGGCAUCUCCAGAUCAGGCAGAUUCCUAUUUCAUUCAGGUCUUUUCUUUUUAACCUUAAGGACUAGAAAGUUUAUUUUUGGGGAACAGGUUUUAUAGCUUACUGGGAAAUAGAGCGUCUGCUUUGUACAACAGGUUCAAUCCUCAAGUCUCUCCAGGUAGGUUGUGUGCCUGAAGAUUCACCCCAGUACUUACUGGUUUCCCUGAAGAUUCACCCCAGUACUUACUGGUUUUCCCAAUCUACAAGGGCUUAUAGGCAGCCCUGUGCAAAGAUUUAAGUCAAUCGGUUGACAGAUCAAUUGGGUAUCUGAUUAACUUUUUAUUAAGAAACAGGUCCGUCCGUCCAUGCCCCCCCUUUCUGAAAAAGUGACCCGUUCUGUCUUUAGAGCAGCAAUUUUAAGGAGGAAAGUUUGAGGGGAUACUGAGUUAAUUUUUUUCAGGGGAGCAAACUCUUUCUCUGACAUAAUGCCUGAUUUUAAACAUUAUUUUAACUGUAUAUUUUAUUCUUUUUUUAAAAAAAAUUAAAUACUUUUCAGAUAUAUACAUUUCGCUCAUUUUACAAUCAUUUUGACAUUUUAAAACUUGACUUCCUUCACCCUCUUUCUGUGGUGCCUUAAAAUUAUUUUUAAUAUCUUCUGCAUAUCCAAAUUAACUUAACUUACUCAUUUAUUUAUUUUCUUUAAAUAUAUACUGCAGGUAUUUUUAUCUGUUUACAAUUUAUCUGUAAACAUUCAACAAACCAUUUCCAUUCUUUUAUAAAAAGUUUGUUAUCUUGAUUUCUUUUUCUCCCGUUAAGUUUUGCGAAACUGUAUUUUAUUCUGAUCUAUGAAUUUUGUGUUUUUUGCAAUGGCUUCAGCUACAUACAAAUAAACAGGUGGGGCUGGGAAUGUCCCCUGCCUGAAACCCUGGAAAGCUGCUGCCAGUCAGUGUAGACAACAAUGAGCUAGAUGGGCCAAUGGGCUAACCCAGUACUGGGCAGCUUCCUGUUUACUUCAUUUCUGUUGGGGUUUUUUUAUAGACCCAUAAGGACUAGAAUCUUGAUUUAUUCUUAGUCGAAGGGCUGUAGCUCAAUGGUAGAGCAUCUGCUUUGCAUUCAGGAUUGAAUGUUCCCUGCCUGAAACCCUUGAGAGCAGCUGCCAGUCAGUGUAGACAACACUAAGCUUGAUGAACUGCUGGUCUGACUCAUUAUAGGGCAGCUGCCAACGUUUCUACUUGGGGCUGGAACAUCAUGUCCCUUCCCUUCCCAACCGUCCCAAUUUAUGAGCUGCCUUAUCAUGAGACUUCCACGUCUUCUCUGCAAUUGGCAAGAACUCUUUGCUGUACCAAUAAUCUUCUCCUUCUGGAACGCGCAGGUUAAUUGGGGGUGCAACGUUAGGUGCAACUGGGAAGGUCUAAUUGCUGCAUUCUUUUGAACACUACACUCUAAAAACCUGCCCCACUAAAACACUGGAUUGGCCUUGGUUUCUUUCCUUAUAUUACUGUAUUUUUUCCUGCUGCUCUGAGUUCUCCCUCUUUGGAUUUACCAUCUUGUGUACAGUGGUACCUCAGGUUACAGACGCUUCAAGUUACAGAUGCUUCAGGUUACAGAUGCUUCAGGUUACAGACUCCGCUAACCCAGAAAUAGUAACUCGGGUUAAGAACUUUGCUUCAGGAUGAGAACAGAAAUCGCGCAGCAGCGGCGCGGCAGUGGGAGGCCCCAUUAGCUAAACUGGUGCUUCAGGUUAAGAACAGUUUCAGGUUAAGAACGGACCUCCAGAACGAAUUAAGUUCUUAAUCCGAGGUACCACUGUACUUCCUGAAACAAAAGGUUGCUGGAUUGGCCAGCACCUUAUGCUGGAGAGGAAUUGCUUUUCAAAUUGACAUCCUGUAUUAAUAUGAAUGUUAAAAAGGUAAAGGGACCCCUGACCAUUAGGUCCAGUCGUGGCCGACUCUGGGGUUGCGGUGCUCAUCUCGCUUUAUUGGCCGAGGGAGCCGGCGUACAGCUUCCGGGUCGUGGCCAGCAUGACUAAACCGCUUCUGGCGAACCAGAGCAGCAUACGGAAAUGCUGUUUACCUUCCUGCUGGAGCGGUACCUAUUUAUCUGCUUGCACUUUGACGUGCUUUCGAACUGCUAGGUUGGCAGGAGCAGGGACCGAGCAACGGGAGCUCACCCUGUCACAGGGAUUAGAACCGCCGACCUUCUGAUCGGCAAGUCCUAGGCUCUGUGGUUUAACCCACAGUGCCACUUUCGUCCCUAAUAUGAAUGUUAGGUCUACUGAUUUUCAUAUUUAUCUGUUUUCUCUUGGAUGGCCCAGAUAAUAUUUUGAUACAGAGAUGGCGGGCCUCUUUGCCUGGAGAGUCACGCCUUUAUCUCCCCAUCCCUAUGGGCCAGGUUUGACAGGUGGGCAGGGCCAUCCACCUGUCAGUCAUCUAACAGUGUGAUGACCCCCAGUCAUGGCUUUCCAGAAAGGAUUCUGGGAACUGUGUUUUGUUAAGAGCUGUUCCAGGGCUCUUUCCCUCCCCAGUCUUCAAGCCCCAAAGUUUAUUGGAAACAGGUCUGGAUUGUCAAAUCACUCUAGGAAUUGUAGCUCUGUGAGGGCAAUAGCAGUCUCCUAGCAACUGCCCACACCCUUAACAAACUACAUCUCCCAGAAUUCCUUGGGGGAAGCUGUCACUGUUUGAAGUUGUAUCAUAUUGCUUUAAAUAUAUAGUGUGCAUGGGGCCUAAGAGGACUGGUGACUCUAAUCCUUAAUGCUGCUGGCAGGGCUGUACACUACACCCUCUAAAAGGGGACAAUGCAAAGGGGUGGCAGAACAUCUGCUUUGCAUGCAGAAUAUGCCCAGUUCAAUUACUGGCAUCUCCAGUUAGGACUGGGAGACACGCCUGCCUCAAACGCCGGAGAGAUGCUGCCAAUCAGUGUGGGCAAUAUCAAGCUUAAAAGACUCCCAUGAGAGGCAGCUUCCUACAGAGCUCUAUUAACUAAGCUUUCUCUCUCCCUGCAGUUUGGACCAAAAAAUUCACCCUUUCUCAAGGAUGGACUACGCAAAGAAGUCUCUGUGCUUGCUAUCCCCUCGGUCGCUCACCAAGUAAGUACCUGCAGGGCAGUCCUCGCGACUGAGGGUGGUUAGCUGUGACUGCCUUGAGCUGAUGGGGGGGGCUAUAAAUGCAAUAAUAAAUGCAUGCUAAAAUGCUGGUGAAUAUUCAUGAUCAGUUUAACUUCCUCCUCCUCCUUACCCACAAUAUUACCAUUAAUUUAUUAAUUGCUUUCAUAUAUAUGAGGUUAUAUUUUCUGAGAAUCCUCCGGAAAAACAAUGUCUCAAAGGACCUGUUGAUGGCAUUUUACCAUUGUACUGUGGAGAGUGUAUUAAUUUAUAGUCUGUGUGUGUGGUUUGGGAGCUGCAUGGUCAGGGGAAAAACAAUGCUGUCCAGGGUUGUAAAGACUGCGGAGAGGAUAAUUGAGUGCACUCUUCCCACCUUGGAUCAAAUCUAUGCUUCCAGGUGCCAUAAGAAAGCUGCAGAGAUAGUGCAGGAUAGUGUGCACCCCAGAAAUGAUCUCUUUCAGCUUCUGCCUUCUGGAAGAAGGUACAGGGUUAUAAAGACUAGGACUAGCCGCCUGAGAAACACUUUCUACCUAAAUGCAAUUUUGGUUUUAAACACAUUGUAAGGAGUCUAUAUGGGAGUAUAUUGUAUUUAAAAAUGGAGUUCAGAGUUUUUAGGGGGCUAAUCAGGUUGGGAUAGCUGGGAUAGCAGGCUUGUUGAAUGUCUUACGUAGAUUUUUCAAUUCCGUUGUUCUGUAUGGGACAAUGACAGUAAAGAUAUCGUAUCGUGUGUGUGUGUGUGUGUGUGUGUGUGUGUGUGUGUGUGUGUAUGUGUGUAUAUAGUUUUACAAUUAAAGUUUACAUUCAAAUAUGAGUUAACAUCACAAAAAUAUAGGAUUCCCUGAAUCCUUGGACUUCCCGUGGGUUAUCUUGUAGCCUCUUUCUGUUGCAUCUUAUAUUGUCCUCCAUUUUUCUUUUAAAAAACCUCCAUCAUAUCCUUAGUUCUUGUUACAAGUGUUGUCACAAUCUUGCUAAUGUUUUUAAUUGUUUACAGUGUUCUCCAAGAUAAAUUAUAAAUUUUCCCCAUUCCUUAUUAAAGUUUUCAUCUCCCUGGUUUCUGAUUUUACCCGUCACUUUUGCCAAUUCGGCGUAGUCCAUCAACUUAUUAAUUGCCUUCUAAACAACCAACUCAAGGUGCUUUACAUGAUGGGUUCUAUCCAGCUAACCUUUACUUGGAGCAGAUCCAUUGGAAUGAAUGCACUCAAGUUAGUCGUGCCCAUUCAGUUUAAUAGGUCUACUCUGAGUACAACAAGCAUUGGCUAUCAUUCAAAAACCUCCAACCGGUGCAGUGAGGUGGCUAGUGGCCCUUAAAACUGGGGAACCAACUGAGAAACCAACAUUUGAUGGAUUCCAUCCAUCCAUCCAUCCAUCCAGGUGUGUGUCAGCCAACACUCCUCAAGCCCGGCCUUACCGAGUCAGCAACUGCGACCGCACCAUCCGCAAGGGGAUCAUGGCCGACAGCCUGAGGGAUCUCCACGAGAAGGUGAGCGAUUCUAGGAGCCCUCUGCCAGAAGCAAGGUGGGAUGGGUUGAGGGGACAGGUGGAAUUUGAACCCGGUGCUUUCUCUCUAGGUACGCAGUGCCCUACUCUUAGCAGGCAACAUCUCCAUUGUCCUGGAUGAAGAUGGCACCACCGUCGAGACAGAGGAGUUCUUCCAGACUCUGGAGGAUGGGACGGUCUUGCUGGUGUUGACCAAAGGACAGACAUGGCGCCCAGCCAAGGUGAGCCAGUGGGCUAAGCCCUUUGCUAGUAGGACCUGGAGAGGGUUUCUAUGGUGAACAUGUUCUACUAGGCCGAAAGGUAUGUGCAUAGACCUUUAUCUCUCACGUGUUACGGGGUCUAAGCUAGGGUCACCAGCUUGGCACUCCUGAGGUCUUCCUCCCAGCAGCCUAGCUAGCCGCUUGGGUACCUGGGGCAGCGCGCACGCCCUGAAGCCAGGGGCAGGGCGAGCUGCCAAUGGGGGUGGGGCGAGCCAAGGCAGAGCGCGCUGCGUGGAGCCUCUCCGCAACCUCCCACUCAGCUGUAGGGCAGCUGAGGCGGUGGGCAGACGCAAGCCCCACGCUGCUCAAAAAAGAAGCGCAGAGCUUGCAGGCAGUCCGCCCACCGCCUCCCCCUCAGGAGAGACGCAUGGCUCAGGCACGCUGCAUGCCCCAUGGUGUGGCGCCCAGUGCCCCCUGCCUCACCUGGCUACACCUCUGGAUUAGGCAGAUUUGUGGAGGAGAGGGCUGUCGAAGGCGACUAGCCAUAAAGGCUGUGCUCUGCCUGCAAAGUUGGAGGCAGCAAUGCUUCCUGGUUUCUGGAAAUCACUCGAGGGGAGAGUGCUCUUGCUGUGGCAUAGGAAGGGGUGUGCAGUGGGUGCGGGAGUUAUUUUUUCCAGAAACACAUAUUUUUGCCGUUUUGUCAAACCCCCCCCCCCCAGUGAUGACAUCUGGGGCAGUCCUCACCCACUGCACCCCCUUCCUUUUUCCUUUUUUAAAAUUUAUUUAUUUAUUUUUAUUUCAACAAAACAUUUAAUAAAUGGCGUCGGUCGGGUAUACCUGGAGGAGUGUCUCCAACUCCAUCGUUCUGCCCAGACACUGAGGUCCAGCUCCGAGGGCCUUCUGGCAGUUCCCUCGCUGCGAGAUGCCAAGUUACAGGGGACCAGGCAGAGGGCCUUCUCGGUAGUGGCACCCGCCCUGUGGAACACCCUCCCACCAGAUGUCAAAGAGAAAAAUAACUACCAAACUUUUAGAAGACAUCUAAAGGCAGCUCUGUUUAGGGAAGCUUUUAAUGUUUAAUAGGUUAUUGUAUUUUAGUGUUUUGUUGGAAGCCGUCCAGAGUGGCUGGGGAAACCCAGCCAGAUGGCUAGGGUAUAAAUAAUAGUUUAUAAUAAUAAUAAUUAAUAAUAAUAAUAAUAAUAAUUUAUUACAACGAAACAUUAUAUAUAGUUUCCCAUAUCAAUUGUCAGAUAAUAGUACACAUUUCUUCUUCUUCUUUUUUAACCCUCCCCUUUAACUCCUCCCCCCAAAACUUGUUCUCUCUUCAGAUCUUUAACCAUGUGCACAGAUUAUUCAUUCUAAUUUGGAUGCUUGGGCUGGCUUCCCCCUGACCGCACCCCCUUCCUACGCCACUGCUUCCUCCUAAUGCCCACAAAACCUCUUAAAUUCCCCUGACCUCCACUCAGCUGUCUCCUUAGUCGUGAGGUGGUGUCAGGCGUGGAGUAUCCUCUCUACCCCCAGCAGCUUCAGAGGCAAGAAGAAAACACAGUUCGUAUUUUAUGGCUUUUGAUUCAGUCAUCUGGUUGCAAGACAAAGGAUCCAUGUCUCCACGCAUAGGAGACGUUGGCUACUCCUAGUCCCUCCUCUUCCGUCUCCCACAACAUCCUGGAAAUCUACGGGAAGUCACAGGAGUCAAAUCCCUCCACAUUCUCUGUUCUUGAAUGUGGAGGGACCAGCGAGUCCGUGGACUAGGAGGGUCUCCCAUACUCUCCAGGGAGGUCUCUGCUGUCUGCUCUCUCACUUCUUCCUCCUCCUCCACUAUCUCAUAACUAGGCAUUUCCCCAUUCAGCUGUACAUCACCCCUGUCUCCCUCACCUCCCGAAACUGCUGGAGACAUGGGGAUCAAAAUUCCCCACUCCUCCUCCUCUUCUGAGAGGAGCCGAUCAGACUGAGGGCUCAAUUUCCAUUCCUCCUGUUCAGUCCAGUCCCUGACAGCUGGUGGAGGGAGGUUACCUUUUUUCUCCCUUGAAAAACGCAUAUUGCUGAAGGAGGUAGUUGGGAAAAGUGACAGUCUAUCCCAUUUUCUCUUCCAACUCUAUGUGCUUUCUUGAGGUGUAGCAAAUUCUACUGGAAACAAGUCUUCCCAGGUCACUUGGGAAAUGAAGGGCACACUUUUUCUGUAUCUUUGGCAAGGUGAUGUGCGGAAAAGGGAGAGAGAGAAAGAGGUGAUAGGGGGGUAUGGAAGCUGCUCAAAAAUCCAAAUAUGCCCAUAGGCCUCGAAAGGUUGGUGACGCCUGGUCUAAGCAAUGCAGAUUCCUUCUAAAAGUAACUAGUAAAGGAAAAGGGACCCCUGACCGUUAGGUCCAGUCGUGGAUGACUCUGGGGUUGCGGUGCUCAUCUCGCUUUAUUGGCCGAGGGAACCGGUGUACAGCAUGUGGCCAACAUGACCAAGCCGCUUCUGGCGAACCAGAGCAGCACACGGAAACACCGUUUACCUUCCCGCCGGAGCAGUACCUAUUUAUCUACUUGCACUUUGAUGUUCUUUCGAACUGCUAGGUUGGCAGGAGCAGGGACCGAACAACAGGAGCUCACCCUGUCGCGGGGAUUUGAACCACCGACCUUCUGAUCAGCAAGUCCUAGGCUCUGUGGUUUAACCCGCAGCGCCAUCCAUGUCCCUCUAAAAGUAACUAUUUAGGUCCAAAGUUGGUCCAUUUUCUUUCCUGACUUUGGAUUAAGCAAAUGAUGUUUACUCCUGCUGCCGCUAUUUCAAUGUGCACAACAUGUUUUGACUACUGCAAUGCUUUACAUAUGGGGCUGCCCCUGGAGACUUCACUGGUACACUUUUAGGUAUACAGGGCCUAUUGUAAGCCUACUUUUCUUUUUGUUUCCUGGCAGACAGCAGGCUACCAGCUCUCUCUGUCCCACAAGCCCCGGCGCAGGAUUGACGUGGCCUGUGUAACCUUUGACCUCUACAAGACCGACCCUCGGGACUUCAUUGGCUGCCUGAAUGUCAAGGCCACGCUCUAUGGGACGUACAGCAUGUCUUAUGAUGUACAGUGCUAUGGGGCCAAGAGGAUAAUGAUGUGAGUAUCAGUCUGUCUCUCAGCUCAGCUGAAUUAGACCUACCUGAUGGAGGAGAAAUUCAAUACAGUUCUCAUUAAAGACAAACCUAUCUAAUUUACACUUCAGGAACUGAAAUGUGUGGACUGAAAUGUGGUCUUUCUGCAAAAUUCACACUUUUUGUAGUGCUGUCCUCCAGCCAAGCAAUGUGUAAAAAAAGAAAAGAAAAGAAAAAAGCAUAUGACUAGGAUAAAGUCUGCCUAAAAACGCAUAUAAUACUGAAAAUGGGAAAAUUACAUUGCAAAAAUGUAUGCUGGGCAAAAUUGCAAAUAAGGACCUGAAUAUAAAAUGGAAUUCGCUGGUGGAUUUUCUUGAGGACCCCUUUAAAAAAAUGCAAAAUAAUGUGAAAUUUGGAGAAUUGAAGACUGGGAUAAAUUAGAAACUGGAAUAGUUGGGUUCACCCAUUGAUGUGGGUAUGAACUGUUUUGGAGACAACCUGCUUUUAGAUUCCAAUUCUAUAUUGCAUUUCCCCCCUUAACAAGGGGCUCAUGCUGCACCCAUGCAUCAGAUCACAUUAAUAUAAAGCGAGCGAACAUUCUCUCGUUCAAACACUUGAGCUAUCAGUAAAACGCACUGCCCCUUCCCAAUUUUCAGCCAAAUCAUUGUCCUCCUGUAGCAUUUCAGAAAACCGGUAGCUAAUGGGAAUGUAGCCGCUGCCACCACCACUAUCACUGCUUCCGGUUGCUCAAGCAUCAAGAUCAUUGAGGACAGUGGCAUUGCCUUCCCUGCCCUGUUGCAAAAAUAGAUUUGCCCUUGAAGCAUAAAACUGUGUCCUGAGCGUGCAUACCCAGGGGCAGAGGAAGGGGUGUGCGGUGGGGGCGGGCCACCCCAGCUGUCACCACUGAGGGGGGUGACAAAAUGCCGGACGGCACUCACCGUGGGGCCUGCAGCACGCCCGAGCCACACGUCUCUCCCGGGAGUGAUGCGGUGGCUUGGGCACCCGCAGGCUCCGCUCUGCCCCAAACAGUCCGCCCGCCGCCCCGCCGCCUCAGCUGUAGGGCAACUGAGUGGGAGGAGGCAGGCAGACACCUUGGAAGAUGAAGAGAAGAAGAGUUUGGAUUUGAUAUCCCGCUUUAUCACUACCCUAAGGAGUCUCAAAGGGACGCAGGUGGCACUGUGGGUUAUCUUACAUCCAGCCUUAUCUUAUAUCCACCUUUAAAGUACAUUUAUACUAACAGGGACGCGGGUGGUGCUGUGGGUUAAACCACAGAGCCUAGGACUUGCUGAUCAAAAGGUUGGCGGUUCGAAUCCCCACGAUGGGGUGAGCUCCCGUUGCUCGGUCCCUGCUCCUGCCAACCUAGCAGUUCGAAAGCAUGUCAAAGUGCAAGUAGAUAAAUAGGUACUGCUCCAGCAGCAAGGUAAACGGCGUUUCCGUGUGCUGCUCUGGUUCGCCAGAAACAGCUUAGGCAUGCUGGCCACAUGACCCGGAAGCUGUACGCCGGCUCCCUCGGCAAAUAAAGUGAGAUGAGCACCGCAACCCCAGAGUCAGACACGGCUGGACCCAAUGGUCAGGGGUCCCCGUUCCCUUUCCCUUUAAGGAGUCUCAAAGCAGCUAAGAAUCUCCUUUCCCUUCCUCCCUCUCUCCCAACAAAUACUCUGUGAGGUGAGUGAGGCUGAGAGAUUUCAGAGAAGUGUGACUAGCCCAAGGUCACCCAGCAGCUGCAUGUGGAGGAGCAGGGAAGCGAACCCAGUUCACCAUAUUACGAGUCCACCGCUCUUAACCACUACACCACACUGGCCCCACGGAGAGUCCUGCCCUGGAUCACCCUGCUCAGUGGGCAGCUGGCCCUGCCCCUGGGCGCAGGGCACGUGCGCCACCCGAGGUGCCCAAUCGGCUUGCUCCACCACUGUGCAUACCUGCUCAGAACACUGAGAGUUCUCUCCUGUUCAGAAUCCUACCUGAAUGCAAGUCGAAUCUUUGACAAGGCUCCUCUCUCUCUCUCUCCCACCCCCCAGGGAAGCUCUACGCUGGACCCUCUUCACCAUGCAAGCAACGGGUCACGUGUUGCUCGGCACGUCCUGUUACAUGCAGCAGUUGCUGGAUGCCACUGAGGAGCCAAAGGAGGAAAAUGCGUCACCUCGGUGCCUCCUGCAGUCCCCUCCCACCAGGAAAAUGCUGCAGUGAUAGUUGGGGAGAAUCUUGCCUGCCGCUGAUUUUCAUGCUGAGACUUUUGACAUCCCCUGCACAAUGUAGCCACGCGGACUAAGGUGUUGUAGGAAGGAGCACGAACAUUCACGCCCCUGCCUGGCCCUCGGGCAGAAACUGCUGGGGAUCCGGGAAGUCUCACUGCUGCUGUAUUAUUUAACCACACUCUAAUUUAUAUUACUCUUUAAUGGGAUAUUAUCAUUGCCAUAACUCCCAGGCGGAAGCUGGUUGCCGUGCAGAGCCCAGCCUCCCCUUCACCUCCAUGUAUUUAUUUUAGAUAUGGGAUUUUAGCCUGCAUGGUGUCAAGUCUUGUUCACGUGGGCUUGUAUUGCAUUGUUAAUAAAUAUUGCAUUAAAAAGGAUUUUCUUAAACCGCCUGUUUCUCUCUCAGAUGUAUGUGGCCUUGGUGUCCUCCAGAUUGUUUCGGUCCACAACGGCCUUCAUCCCUGGCUAGGCAUGGAAGAACCUGUCAAUUUCACUUCUCUGUUUUGCUUCUUUCCUAAUCC